CCAGAGAGACCAACCCAGCAGCCAAGAAGGAAAACAAUGGACGCCACCACUGGCGAUCUCUGCUUCCUCUCACCAAACCAACCCAACCCAACCACUGGACCGUACCCUGCCCCUGCUUCGUCCUGGCUCCCGCGAUCCACUCCAUUGCCGAACAAGAGAACAAGAGAGAGAGAGAGAGAGAGAGAGAGAGAGAGAGAGAGAGAGAGAGGGAGGCAGGCGGCCGCAGAGAGCAACAGCUGCUAGGCAAGAAGCGGGGGGAUGGGGCAGGCUCUGCGCAGGCUCUUCGAUUCCUUCUUCUCCACCAAGGAGAUGAGGGUUGUGAUGCUUGGUCUGGAUGCAGCUGGUAAAACAACAAUAUUGUACAGGCUGCACAUGGGAGAGGUUCUUUCAACAGUCCCUACAGUGGGUUUUAAUGUUGAGAAGGUUCAGUAUAAGAAUGUGGUAUUCACUGUUUGGGAUGUUGGCGGGCAAGAAAAACUCAGGACACUGUGGAAGAUGUACCUCAGUAAUUCUGAUGCACUGAUCUAUGUCGUUGAUUCUUUGGACAGAGAAAGGAUUGGAAAUGCGAGGCAAGAAUUUCAGACCAUUAUCAAGGACCCUUUGAUGGCAAACAGCAUAAUCUUAGUAUUCGCAAACAAACAGGACCUGAGAGGUGCAAUGAGCCCAGAAGAGGUGAGCGAAGGACUGGGAUUGCAUGACCUCAGAAACAGAAUAUGGCAUAUACAGGGGACCUGCGCACUCCGUGGUGAGGGCCUAUACGAUGGGCUUGACUGGCUUGCAUCCACACUGAAGCAGUUGCAAGAAACGGGUCAUGCAACUUCAGUUGCUGGCCCGUCCAUCUAAUUCAACAGAAGUGACCUCAAUACCUCAACCAAUUGACGCUUCCUGCCACUAUCAUCCGUUUAUCUGCCACAAGCCCACAAGAAUAAGCUCCAGUGCAUGCAUUCUUUGGUGCUUUCUUGGUGUGGCUGCAAGCAGAUGGCGUUCCAUUGUUUGUGUUCGUAUGAGCCAACUCAUCCGGCAGGAACUCGCAUCUUUCUCCGAUGUUUUGUAUAGUGUUGGACUGGAUGAUAUGUAUCCUUUUCUUGUGUGUAAACUUGAGGGCUGCUGCACAUGAUCGUUAUGCUGAUUGUUGGUUGCCAAUAAAAAAAAAGGUUAUGAUUGCUCACAA